AUGCAUACCUCCCAGCAACAGCCAGACUUCACCCUUCUGCCGACACCUGCCGGCAUCCCACAGGCCAAUGUGCCACAAGUGCGGGGCAACAGCUUCAGCCAGAGCUCGAGCCAAGAUGCAAAUAUGGAUGAUGCAUCGUAUCCGAGCAGUCAUGAUGAGGGUAGCUCCAUGAAUGAGAUCCGAAAUCUCAACCUCAAUGCGCUCAAGAUGCGGUCGAAGAUAACCAAAGAUGGCUUGCCGGCAAAGAAACGGGGGCCGAAACGCGAUAGCAAGCCAGCGAUGAAUCGAAGACAGGAACUGAACAGACAGGCCCAACGAACCCACCGGGAACGAAAAGAGAUAUAUACGAAAUCGCUGGAAAUCGAAGUCACCCGCCGGCGGGAAAUAUAUGAGCACAUGGUCAAUAUUCAAAUUCCCGACUUGGAAAGACGCCUGACAGUCGCUCAAAAGCAACUGGAAGACUCCAACGCCGAAAACCUAAAACAUGAGAAUGAGCGCCUCAAGCAACUGCUUCAAGUCAACGGUAUAGCUUACGAUCGCAUCCUUCCCGUCGCCCCGCCUCAGUCUAUAAAAGCCCAACAAUUACAACCCUCUUUCGUCGAUUCCCAUACCCUGCCUAAUGACCGCUUAAGCCCAGCCCAUGCCAAUUGCAAUCACAACCACAACCACACUCGACCCCAGCCGCCCUUACAGCCGAUACAGCAAUUCGACUUCAACACCCAGCCCGUCGAAGACAAUCAAAGCUACCAGCCGCCGCCUGUCAGCAUGCCUCCAAUGGCCCCGCAAGCUUCGCAUCGUACCUUGUCCAAUGGUAACAUGUCAACGAAUUCUGUCAGCCCAUCUCUGGCCUCGACUCAGGCUUCGACUCAGGCUUCGACACAGGGGGCUUUCAUGCACGUCAAUUACCCGCAUAGCGUUAGUGGAUCAAGCUAUGGGGAUAGUCCUCCGCAAACACUUUCCAGCCGACACUCGCCCAGCUUUACGGAGGGCUUGAGCCGGCAAACCACUCAGCCAGACACAGGAACCAUCGACACGAUGAUAACUAAUGGAUCGUCCUCGUUCUCAACGCCACCCUCUCAGGAAUAUGCUCCCACGGCAGCCAAUAGCGGCGGCAUUCAAAUGGCCAACAUGGAUCACGAUCAAGUUGGGAUUGAUUUUAUUCUUGCCAUGGAAGAGAAUUGUCGCGAUCAUCAAGAAUACCUAGUUAAGCGCGCCAAUCCUCAGGGUGGAGACAUGAAUGUCGAAUUGAGUGGACAUGCUAUGAUGAUCACGCAUCCACUUCCAAGCCAGAUGAAGGCCGAGCCCGAGAAGCCCCACCACGAGCCGCCGGCCAUCCCAAGCAGAUAUCUUUCGCUACUCGCCGAAACAUCUUUAGGCAUACCCCUCAAAGGUGGCGAGGUGGUUCCAGCACAAGCGCUGAGGAUGAUCAGAGCCGACGAGCGGUACAACUACAUGACGAGGCAGCAAUUUGACUUGGUGACAGAGAGGCUUAGGAUGAGGAGUCGCUGCUAUGGGUUCGGAGCUGUGGUCGAGGCUUUCGAAGUUCGAGAUGCAAUGGAUGCUGCCUUCUCAGGAGAGUUGAUUCAGGAAGCGAUCGGUGAGGCUAGGUGA